AUGGAACCCCAUCCUAGUACGGACCAGCCACUUGGCCAGGAACUACCUCCGCCCCAACCCCAGUCUCAUGAGGAUACAGAGAUGGAAGAUGAGUCUGAAUUGGUUGCCGAAGACGAGAUGAUGGAGGACGGUGACUCUAGACUUCAGGCUGAUAUACAUGCGCAGGUGGAUGAGAACUCUCAUGCGCAGCCUGCUCCCACAUCGCCAGUACCGGGAAACCCACAUACUACUACAGAGGCACCCUCUAAUGAUAGUACUACCAAGCUCGAGUUACCUCCCGUAGAGAACUGGCGUCCCUAUGUGAAUCCCCCAAAUAUCGGCUGGGUUAGACAACUGCUGUUCGAUGUUACCGAGCCCAUCGAGCUCAGCCUGGACGAGUUUACCAUGUACUGGCCCUUUAUAGAUAAUAUCUGGGUAAAACAGCGGUCCACGUCUACCAAGGAUGGUCUUCAUAUCACCGAUUACUAUAUGUGCCGUUUGCGCCGUGCAACCUGCAAGCGCCCGCCUCAACGCCCAUUGCCUGAUGGCAAGAGACCAAGGAACAAGGUGGUCCGUGAGGGAGGGACUUGCAAUUUUCAGAUUCGCGUAGUCAAGUUCGAAGGUGCUCACACCACGAUCACAAUCUCCAGGAGUCCCAAUAGCAGCCCUGCUCAUUCGCACGACCUAGACUAUAUGGACAAGGUCAAGAAGAACUCCGGUGUGAUGGAAUAUGUCCGGCAAGAAGCUGCCCAGGGAUACCUACCAGCAUCUAUAUUUGCAAAGCUCAGGGAAGGCCCCCAACAGCUCGAAGCUGCGGGUGGGAGGCAUUUGACGACUAUCGACGUUCGAAACGUGUCUGGGAAGUGGAGGGCCAGCCAUCCAGGCCUCACUCUUCGACCGCACGAUGGCUACGCCUACCAGAACGGGCUGGGUGUCUAUAAAGUACAGGAAGGACACCAGGUAAACCAUCCCCCAGCGAUUAUAGCUCAUCCCAGGCCGAUAAAUCUGCCUGCUAAUGUCCUGCCGUUCCCAAUAUUUCCCUUGGAGUUUUUGGAGCCAUAUCUACCCAAAUCGAGUAGGACCCGAUAUAAUGCCAAUAUCAUUACCAAUACCGCCAAUCCCAGGUUCCCACACGUAACACUUACCUAUGCGCAGUCAAUGGAUGGCAAAAUUUCUACAAAACCGGGGGUACAAACCGUGCUCUCUGGCCCGGAAACCAAAGCAAUGACACAUUACUUGCGAUCCCGCCACGACGCCAUAAUUAUUGGAUUGGGGACCGCCUUGGCAGAUGACCCAGGGUUAAAUUGCCGAUUGGAGGGGGCUGGAGGUUUCGGAGGCUUCGGUACUAUGUGGCAGCCCCGGCCCGUAAUAAUAGAUCCUACGGGGCGUUGGCCAGCAUCACCUGAAAGCAGGCUAUUGAAGACCGCAGCGGAGGGGAAAGGGAAGGCCCCCUGGGUUAUUGUGUCUCCAGGUGCGGAACUCCAUCCAGAAAAGUUGCUGUUACUGAAACGCCAUGGCGGUGAUUACCUACGUAUCAGAGAAUAUAACCCACACUGGAGAUUGAGGUGGGAAGCCAUAUUUGGUGCUCUUGCAAACCAGGGAAUACAAAGCCUGAUGAUUGAAGGCGGUGGGGUUGUCUUGAGCGAGCUAUUAAACCCGGAAUAUGUUGACUUCAUCGACUCUGUCAUCGUUACAGUUGCACCAACCUACGUUGGGCGCGGCGGUGUGUCUGCGUCACCAGAUUCGAAGCAGGACGGAGAGGGCAAGCCGAUAAAUGCUCUUACACCUUAUGAUAUCAAAUGGCAGCCACUGGGAAAAGAUGUCAUUAUGUGCGGAAAAAUAAAGGUCGCCCGGCCAACUCCUCCGCCUCCGAUUCUUCCCGGCCUAGAAGCUGCUGCCCGCGAAGAAGAAUAA